AUGUAUUAACAAAAUCAAUAAAAAGUCCAGAUGAAAGAAGACAUAACUAAAAUAAUUUGUGCAAAUGAUCAUAAAGACAGACCUAUUGAAUUUAUUAGAAUAGAUGAUGGUUUAAGAGCACAUGAAAGAUUGCUUUGUUAGAAGUGUAUUGAAUUUUUUAAUAAUCCACCUAAUUUGUUAUAUAUAGAUAAUGCUUUAGAUUAAGUUUAAUAAUUAAAAUAGUAAUGCUUUGAUGGAACACAAAACGCUGCAAGAGAGUUUACUCAUCAAAUUAAAAAUUUUAUUGAAAAAUUAGAUAAUUUUAGAAAUGAGGUUCAAAAUUUAACUAUUAAAUUAAUUGAGGCUUGUAAGAAUUGGAUACUUUAUUUGGAUACUUAUGUAAAUUUAUAAUCGAAAUAUAAUUUUUUGGAUGAGAUUGAACAUUUAAGUUUUCCAGAAAAUGAAAUAAAAGAGUAAAGAUUAGCCUUUGAUAUUUAUGAAAUACAUAGCAUAAAUGAGAAUAAUAUAUAUAAAGUAUAUGCAGGUAUUAAGAAUGUUGGAGAGAAGCUUAAAGCAUUUUCAGUUUUUUAAGGAAUGGCAAAUUAAAUUGUAAAGAAUGCUUAUAAUUAUGAACACUUUUAAAAUAAUAAAUUGAAGAAUACUACUUGUUAAUUGAAUUCAGAAUAUAAAGAAGAAGAACUUUGUAAUGCUUUAGCUUUGAAUGGGGAUGAUACAAUAAUAGCCACAGCAGCAUCUAAGGAUAUUAAAAUAUGGAAAUUUUUAGAAGGAUAAUUAUACGAAACUAAUAUAAUACUGCAGGGUCAUAAUGAUUAGGUAGUUUGUUUAAAUUUUAGUCAAAAAGAAAAUUAUCUUAUUUCUGGAAGUAAAGAUGAAACAGUGAAAUUUUGGUAAGAGAUAAGUUAAAAUAAAUGGCAGUUUGCAUAAUAAUAUAAGAUCAAUUCAAGUUAUCUAUUAUGUUAGGUUAUGAAUUAAAUUGAAGAUUAAUUAAUUGUGGGUUGUUUUGAUGGAUCAAUUAAAAUAAUAAACUUUAAAAUUGAAUAAAAUAAGAUUUUAGAUUCAUAUAGACUAGAUUAACAUAAAAAACCAGUUUAUUGCAUUAGUUUAAAUUCUAAAGAGAAUUAAUUUGUUUCAUCAAGUGGUGAAAGAUAAAUUAUUUUAUGGGAGAAGAAUGAAACUCAAAUUUGGGAAUUUAAAUAUAUUAUUGAUAAAUAAAUAAAUGAUGUCGGAUAUCGAAUUAGUUAUUUUGGAGAUGAUACCAUAGUUUUCUAACAAAAAAGAAAUAGUUAAACUCAUUUCUUUAAAUUACAGAAUUUUAAGUUUUAAGAAAGACCUGAUUUAAGAUUAGUCUUAAAUAAUGAGGAACCAGAAGUAGAAUGUUUUUUUCCUAUUAUUUAUAAUAAAAAGAAUUAGAUUUUAGUAUUAAAACAUAGUUAAUAUGUGUAUUUAAUUAAAUAAAAUAAACUUUAAUAUUAGAUAGAUUGUGAACCAAUUGAUUGUUAGCAUCCAUGGAAUUAUGGAACUAUGACAAAAGAUGGUAAAUUUUUAAUCAUUUGGGAGUAUGCAACUAAAAAGUUUAAAGUUCAUCUUAUAGAUUAUUGA